UUCAUUAACAACAGUGGUAUUAAUCAGCUGACCGGCCGAAGAUAGCUGAUCCGUACUGGAAGGUGGGGGUAAUGCACCUUAAAGCUGCUUCCCAGCCGCCAUAAAAUCACAAGAAGAAGAAGAUGUGUGGCCGAUAAGAGGCUCCAGGAGAAGAUGGGCUCAUAAAGUCAGAGAGCGAAGCUGUUUGUGUGCUUUUAUCUGGUCAGAAUGAGCAUCAACAGCAGCGAGCAGGCGGAUGUUUACUCUAAACUCCCCGAAAGAGGCGCAGCUGUCAGCGAGAGGACUCCUCUGCUAGGAAAUGGAUCGGCGCAGACCAGAGCCACUGGAGCCUCCUUGGUCUCCUCUGUGUUCAACCUGAUGAAUGCAAUCAUGGGCAGUGGGAUACUGGGUUUGGCUUAUGCAAUGGCCAGCACAGGAAUAGUUGGGUUUUGCAUCCUGUUAGUGCUGGUGUCGAGCCUUGCAUCGUACUCCAUCCAUCUGCUUCUGAAGCUUUGUGACCAAACAGGUAUCAACUCGUAUGAAGAACUUGGAGAACGAGCCUUGAAAAAACCAGGAAAAGUUUUGGUCGGAUUAGCAAUUCUCAUCCAAAAUAUCGGUGCUAUGUCGUCCUACUUGUUCAUCCUGAAGUCGGAGCUUCCUGCAGCCAUCACCAGCCUCCUCAAUGCAGAGAACACAGGGAACGCCUGGUAUGAGGAUGGCAGGGUGCUUCUCAUCAUCGUCACAGUUUGUGUCGUUGUGCCUUUAGCCAUGUUGCCCAAAAUCGGAUUCCUGGGUUACACCAGCAGCCUUGCCUUCAUCUUCUUGUUGUAUUUUACAGUUGUGGUUGUGGUGAAGAAAUGGUCCAUCCCUUGUCCCCUGCCUCACAACGUCACGACACUCUCAGACUCCCAGAAGGUAUCAAACGUGUCUGACUCGGACUGUACACCCAAACUCUUCAUCCUCUCCAUUAAGAGUGCCUACGCCAUCCCCACCAUGGCCUUCUCCUUUCUGUGCCACACGGCCAUCCUGCCCAUCUACUGCGAACUGGAGCGACCAACCAAAGCCCGGAUGCAGAACGUUGCAAACAUCAGCAUCGGUCUCAGCUUCCUGCUUUACUUCAUCUCUGCGCUGUUCGGGUACCUCACCUUCUACGACAACGUAGAGUCGGAGCUGCUGCUCGGCUAUGGAGUGUACCUGCCGCGGGACAUCAUGGUGAUGACGGUGCGGCUGGCCAUCCUCCUCUCCGUGCUGCUGACGGUGCCGCUCAUACACUUCCCUGCCCGUAAGGCUGUGAUGGUGCUGCUGUACGGAGGACGCCACUUCUCCUGGCUGACCCACAUCGUCUCAGCUCUGAUCAUCCUGAGCGUGGUGCUGAUGCUGGCCAUCUUCGUGCCUGACAUCAGGAAUGUGUUUGGAGUCGUCGGAUCAACGAUGUCCAGCUGCCUGCUGUUUGUUUUCCCCGGCAUCUUCUACCUCAAAGUCAGCAGCCAGCCACUAAAGUCCGCCGACUCCAUCGGGGCCAUAUUUCUGGUGGUUUUUGGGGUGAUAAUGGGCGUUAGCAGCCUCACUGUUAUCAUUCUGUCCUGGGUGUUCAGCUCCUGAACCCGCUCCGACCCAAAUCCAGACCCAAGCAGGGAGGAAAGGGAAAUGUGCACCAAAGAAACUGAAUCGUGAAAGGGACCGGCGUCCCCCUCAGGGACGUUUUAUGAUGAACACUAAUGCGUUUGCCUAGUUUUUAACCUGCAACAAACUUUUUUUACAUAUUGACUUUAAAAGCAACCAAUUUGUUUUAUUUUUUUCCGGAUUUAAAGAUGACUAAGGGUUGA